GCACAACGAGACGAUACGAGACACGAGAGAGAGAACGAAAUGAAAAAUGUUUAGGAGAGGGAACUUGAAAAGCUUGGUCUCGCAUUUCAUUGUCUGAGAUUUGUGAUUGGGAAUUGGGAUCUUUUGCGACCACAAUGGCGGCAAAUCCAUCUCUCUCUCAUUUGUCGUAUUCAUCUUCGUCUUCAACCUCUCUUCAUCGCUGCCUUUUUGCUCGCUCUCCAUCUCUGCUUCUUUCUCGUCAUUCAUUAAAGUAUGGAUUUUGCCACGAAACUCCGAGAAUCCUCACCGUCCGAUCCCAAGCAAUAAAUUCUGGUUCAGGUCCAAGUAUUUCUUCGGUCCCUUCUAAUGGUGGUGGGUUUGGAUCAAACGGGUUGGGGAAUCUGGGGAAGAACGAAGCUGAAUCUUCGGGCGUAUCGUCAGCUUCUUCGGCCAUCGAUUUUCUCACAUUGUGUCAUCGUCUUAAGACAACAAAAAGGAAAGGAUGGAUCAACCAUGGAAUUAAGGGUGCUGAAUCUAUUGCUGAUCACAUGUAUCGCAUGGCACUAAUGGCUUUGAUUGCUGGUGACCUUCCUGGUGUGAACAGGGAAAGGUGUAUUAAGAUAGCAAUUGUGCAUGACAUUGCAGAAGCAAUUGUUGGAGAUAUAACACCUGCAGAUGGUGUGCCAAAAGCAGAGAAGAGUAGGCGCGAGCAAGAAGCAUUAGAUGAAAUGUGUGAAGUACUCGGCGGAGGAUUAAGGGCUGAGGAGAUAAAAGAACUUUGGGCAGAGUAUGAAAACAAUUCCUCUAUAGAGGCUAAUCUUGUUAAGGAUUUUGAUAAAGUUGAAAUGAUUCUGCAAGCAUUGGAAUAUGAAGUUGAUCAUGGAAAAGUCUUGGAUGAAUUUUUUCUCUCAACAGCAGGAAAGUUCCAGACUGAAAUAGGGAAGAAUUGGGCAGCUGAAAUUACAUCACGAAGAAAUUCAAGCUCAAUAAAACGUUGAUUUGCCUAAGCCAUGGAAAAUGACAGUAAAGGGUUUAUAGCUCUGACUCUGAUAAGAUUUGAGCUUCGUUGCCUCAAUGGCUCAAUGUUAACAAAAUCAAAAUGAUUGGUGCCAUAGCUGUUGAGUUCUUGUAAAUUUGAUUUAUAUAUUUUCUUAGAAAAUUUGAUUUAUAUCUUUAACAGCUUGGUUUAUGGCAGUUGAAAACUGGUUUAAGAUUGUUGAAAGAACAAAUAAUUUCAGCAACUUGAAAAGCUUGGGUUGUCAGCUUGAUAGU